AUGAAUUCGUUAUGAAGCCUGAUCUGUACCAGUUGUGUUGUCUGAGUAUGUUCAGUCGCUCCUACGCCGAUUGCUAUGAUUGCUGCCUGCUUGCAUCGUUUGCUCUUGGUUUUUUGUUGUAGGUUUGGGUAGAUUAGGUGGUCUAAGUCUUGAUUUAAUGAACCUGGAACUCAUUAUUGUGAGUGAUCACUUUGCACAGGUUAGCGUAACAAGGACACUAUGGGGUGAAGCUGAAACUUCAAGAACCAUUAGCUUGUUCCUUCUUGGACAGGUUUAACUUGCCAGUUUGCAUUCCCACGCUUUUGCCGGUGUUUCACCAUAGUCACAGGGACUGCUUAGUCCAUGGACAAGCUCCUUUACCCACCGUCUCCAAUCACACGCCGAGCCACACGGCAACGGACUAUUGAAAACACGGGCCACCUGACCUCGCCCAGCGAGCCUAUUCAAUCUACACCUGAGUCAUCAAAUCAAUCGAAAAUACGUUGUCCCCUGCCACCCUUAGGAUCUGCUUCGGUUGUGUCACAAGCGUCACUGCUUUCUGCAAAUGCUUUUCCAUAUUACUCAUCGACCUCAGGGGAACGUAGUAGCAAGCGCUUCAGGGCUACCCAAGGGUUGUAUAUAAGUGGUGUUGUGCCGGCUACACAGCUCCAACCUCUCUCUACCUCACAAAGUGAGGUGGGCGGUUCGGCCUCUGGCGAGCCUGACCUAGGAGCACCUACCGUGUCAAGGAAAGCGCGUCGGGCUGCACGUAAACAAAGUGCGAGUGGAGGACACACUAAAGGGGAUAAACAUAUCUCUGCAAGAGAGUACUAUGCGUACAAGCUCCAAAGUCGUCCUAACAACUUACUUCUCAGAGCAGGAAGAUGUUUCCAACAAUACAUUGUAGACAUGUAUGUCAAGAUUGAAAACACCCGCCUUGACUUCUUCCGAAAAAAUCAGGACACAAUUAGGGCAGACCUUUACCAGGGAAUUCUUGACACUGUUGAACGUGGUGAAAACAGCGCGGCAAAUGUGGGGCGUCGUGUUGUGCUACCACCAACCUUCAUUGGAGGUCCUCGGGAUCUAAAGAAGCGGUAUCUAAACGCAAUGUCUCUUGUGCAUCGCUAUGGGAAACCAGACUUGUUUGUCACCAUGACUUACAACCCUGCAUGGCCUGAAAUCAAACAAGAACUUGGUGUCGGGGAAGAUGCACAGAACCGACCUGAUCUGGUGUCACGGAUAUUCCGGGCAAAAUUGUUAGCCUUGAAAAAACAGAUCAUGCAGAAACAUGUGUUCGGCGAGGAUGCUGCACUGAUCUAUGUUGUCGAGUUCCAGAAACGGGGUUUGCCUCAUGCACAUUUCCUGAUCAUACUCAAACCGGAUUUCAAAAUCAAAACUCCAGCUGAUUAUGACACUAGUACAAAAAAGCUCUUAUGCGGGCUCAUUUUAAGGGCUUUUGUGCGGGCUUUUACAUGUGCAUCACUUGCCAUGCCCGCACUUGACAUUUCUCAAGUGCUGCCAAUAUUUGAGCCCGCACAAAACUAUCUUUGUGCUGCCAAUUUAGAAAAUGUGCCCGCACUUGACAACUUUGUGCUGCCAAUUUUCGAAUACGUGCCCGCACAAAACAAACUUUGUGCUGCCAAUUUUCGAAUACGUGCCCGCACAAAACAAACUUUUUGCUGCCAAUUUUUUUAAAUGUGCCCGCACUUGACAACUUUUGUGCUGCCAAUUUUUGGAAUGAGCCCGCACUUGACAAAAACUUUGUGCUGCCAAUUUUGUAAAUGUGCCCGCACUUGACAACUUUAGUGCUGCCAAUUUUGGGAAUGAGCCCGCACUUGUGAUAUAUAUA